CUCAAUAGGAGUCUUCAAGCCUCAAUUAGAAUGGAGAGAAGCCACGCCCCGCCGCCAAGGACACGCCCCUUUCAACACAUUCCUUAAAAGAAACCACGCCCCAGCAAAACAUGCCUUUAGGGUGACCACGCCUCUUAGAUCAAGCCACGCCCCAUUCAAUAGGAAACUUUGGGCCCGCCUUUACCUUAGGUAACAUUGGAGGCCACGCCCUCUUAUUCAAAUCCCUUCUCCAGGGUCCUCCACGAUUGGCCCAAUCUCAUAACACUCUGACUCCUCAUUGGAGGACGAAGGACUCUGCCCCGCCUCCCGUCUUCUGAUUGGCCUUCUAUCUUUUCUCCCAGAGAGAGCAAUGGCGGCGGCUCGGUCAGAAACGCGGUCCGGCGCGGAAGGUUCCGGGAAGGAGAGUUCCGCGCUGGCCGAACGAGGCCCUUUGGAGUCCUUCCAAUUGACGCCCGCCGCCAGGAAGGUGCCCGCUUUGGAGUUGGUAGCUCUGGCGGAAGAAGUGGAGAAGGCUGAUGAUUUUGUCCGCGCGAAUGCCUGCAACCGGUUGACCGUCAUCGCCGAACAGAUCCGGUACUUGCAAGAACAAGCCAGGAAGGUCCUGGAGGCCGCCAGCCGCGACGCCGACUUGCACCACGUCUCCUGCAACUUUGUGAAGCGGCCGGGCAGCGUCUACUUCCUCUACAAGCGGGGCAACGGCCAGCGCUACCUCUCCAUGCUUUCGCCAAAGGAAUGGGGGUCCAGCUGCCCCAGCGAGUUCCUCGGGGCCUUCAAACUCCAGCCGGACAUGUCCUGGACCCCUUGGGAGGACAUCGAGGCCCGCGACGCCGAGCUCAACGUCCUGGAGAAGCUGCUCAACCAGCCGGCCGACACCUUCCGCGGCCUUACCAUGUGAAAUGUGUUAUUUGCUUCAUCAAGGUUCCAGAUCCCAAAGAGUUGCAAGGGACCCUUAAGGGCCAUCCAGUCCAACCCUCUCCUCCUUCCAAGGAAAACAUCAAAACCCUCCCGACAGAUGGCCAUCCAGCCUCCAGAGAAAGAAUCAUAGAAUCCUAGAGAUGGAAGAGAACCACAAGGACCGUCGCUUCCAACCCCAUUUUGCCACCAUUAAACCCCUCCUGACAGAUGGCCAUCCAGCCUCCAGAGAAGGAAUCCUAGAAUCCUAGAGCUGAAAGAAAACCACAAGGGACAUCCCUUCCUACCUUAUAACCACCAUUAAAUCCCUCCUGACAGAUGGCCAUCCACCUCCAGAGGAAGUGAGGAAAUUCUUCCUCAUGUUCAGGUGAAAUAAUAAUAAUAAUAAUAAUAAUAAUAAUAAUAAUAUUGGAGACAAUAGACAUUGACAAAAUUACGAUCUGCCAACUGCAAAAGGCCACCUUACUGGGAUCUACACGCAUCAUCCGAAAAUACAUCACAGAGUCCUAGACACUU